GUGCCACUUUCAGGUCUCCUCACACUGCUGGUGUGUUCCAUUUUUUGUCAUAGGGUGCUGGCAGAUUACGGGCCUCCCAUAGCUGCUGCCAGGCCCCUAAUCUGCCAUGGGCCCCUGUACCGCCUCCUCAUGCUGCUGCCAGGUCCACAGUGUCUCAUGGGUCCCUGUACGGCCUCCCAUUGCUGCUGUCUCCAUCGCGACACUCUGCCAUGUGCCACUUUCAGGUCUCCUCACACUGCUGGUGGGUUUCCAUUAUUUCAUAGGGUGCUGUAUGGCCUCCCAUUGCUGCUGCCUCACCGCCACACUGUGGCUCCACACUCUGGUUUUGGCCCCGUGACUGCCCAAAUGAGUGAAGUGUGCGGUGAUUCUAAGAUCGACGGCACUCAUCUGCAUGUCAUACUG